UGUUGUCUCUCCAAAGACAUUUCACUCUUUCAUGUAGAACAUCUCACUUAUCUUGAGAGAGUUAUACAUAAUACAUCUACACCACACCAUGAAUCAUCAACUUAUCGAAGACCAUAUGAUGCUCUUCCCUUGGCUAUGCCCUGGUGGUGCAUUCACUGAAGUAACUCCUCAACAAGGGGAAAAUAAUAAGCCAAGGCACAAGCGAAAUAGAAAGAAUAGAGGAGGAGAAAAUGGCACCAUCAUCACCAAGAAGAGAAAGCUCACCGUAGAGCAAAUUAGUCUUCUUGAGCGAAAUUUCAGCAAUGAACAUAAACUUGAGUCUGAAAGGAAGGACCAGCUCGCAUUGGAGCUUAGUUUGGACCCUCGACAAGUUGCGGUGUGGUUUCAAAAUAGACGUUCUCGUUGGAAGACUCAAAAAUUGGAGGAAGAGUACUCCAAUCUUAAGAAUGUUCAUGAAACCACUAUGCUCGACAAAUGUCAUCUUGAGAAUGAGGUGUUGAAGCUCAAGGAGCAGCUUUUGGAAACAAAGAAGGAGAUUGAGCAGCUACUAGAGCGUGGUGAAAAAGCCCCAAGCAACAACUCCAGUUCCUCACAGUCAAUGGAAGAAGCUGUGAACCCACCAUUUCUUGGAGAGUUUAGGGUGGAAGAAUAUGAUGAUGGUGAUGUGUUCUACAUUCCAGAGACUCAUCACAUCAAUGGGAUGGAAUGGAUUAAUCUGUACAAUUGAAACCUCAAGAAAGCUUAAUUAGCAUUUUGUAAAUAAUUUGAAUUUUAAUCAUCUAAUUAAAUUGUUUCCUCUGCAA